AUGCGCUCCCACGUCGCACCCAGCGCCUCCACCAGCCCCACGGCCCGCCUGGCCCAACCGAGGCCCGCCCGGGCCAGAUCCCCUUCGCUCGCAGCCGCCAAGGCUGUUCCUCCUCGAUCCGACCUGGAUCGGGAGGGAGCCGGAGCGCUGCUCUUCCCCGCCGCGCCGGCGAGUCCGCCUGCCUGCGGCCGUCGUCGGAGCCGUCGGUCGCUGCCGCCCCAGGUCAUUAAUGCCGCCGCCCGGCCCUCGAUUCCUCUCUGCUCCUUCUCCUCACUAUCUCUCUCCCUCCCUCUGUUGCCGCAGGAAACCACCGGCGUCAUUUGGAGCUUCCGCUGCCGCCGUCGAUCAUCGAUGGGCACGCCGACCCCGGAUCCGGCCACUACGGCCUCCUCCCCGCCGGAUCCGAGGGAUCCCGUCCUUCCCGCUUCGUCCCGUUGCCGGAGUCUGCAAGCCGCCGCCGCUCGUCCUCGUCGGGAGGAGGACGACGCCAUCUACGUCGCUGGCCUCGUCCACGCACGGCGAGCGCGGGCGACGUGCUUGUUCGCGCAGGGCGACGGCGUCGGCGGCGGCGGCGGCCCAGGGCGGAUCUCCAUUCUCCGGCCAUCUAUGGCUCCCCCCGAUGAUGUUGCAGGUAACUCUGGUGAGAAUGAGGGGAGUAAGAAGGCUAAGAAGAAGAUUAAGAAGAAAGGCAAUCUAUGUGGCUUUAAGUCAAGGUUUAACUCAAAAAGGCUGGCUCAGAUUGGGAAGCAGUUCAAACACAAGAACAAAUCUAUCACCUUCAGCAAGCUUAUGGUGAAAAGGAUUUUCAACGUGCCAUCCGGUGAUAGACCCGUGAAGAUUCUAAAGAAGAGUGAUGAACAUGAUCUUCGCAACAUUUACAAGGAGGGGAACAGGGCUCCAAUCGCCCAUGUUGUCAAGUUGCUCACUAGUUGCAGUGAGGAGGACGUGGAUAUGAUAAAUAGGACUUGGGCACUCCUUGCGUUGGCAACAGUUUUGUGCCCAGGCACGGGCAAUAUGGUGAACCUUGAGUAUCUUGCUUCCUUGGAAGAUAUGUCUUUGGUGCAUGAGUUCGCUUGGGAUGAGCACUUGUUGGCACGAGCGAUGGAGGAGGUUGGAGUCUUUCAAGAGAAGAAGAGGAUGCAAGCAAACGCAGAAAAAGAGUUCCAGAUUGCUUCAUGCCUCCCCAUGUUAGCGAUCAUAUACAUGGAUCAUGUUGAUAUCCCGGCGGGCCUCCCAAAUGAGCAUGCUAUUGAUUAUUCCGUGCCGAGGAUACGUUUUGUUUGCCAAAAGGAUUUUGAGUGGCUGGAUAAAGUUGACAAGAACAAGCUCACUCUUAUCCAACCUUUCUACGGGAAACACACCCAUUUUAUGGCAGCCUUCUUAUUUCCGCCACUCAUGUUUUGUUUUCCUAGAUCCGGAGUUUGUGCAACACCCCCUAUGCAGCACAACUUGUGGGACAGGAAGUUGGUGCUGAAGCAGCUAGUGGGCAGGGAGGUGGUGCUGAAGCACCUAAUGCUACUAAAACAAGACCCAACAACCUUCCAACCAGCAAAACUCAUACCCGAGCUUGAAAGGGCUGUGACAAAGUUCAAGGCGAAUAAAUAUGACCUCGUAAGUUUCCAGAGAGCCUACUUUUCUUUUUUUCACAAGCACUGGAUAAUUGUUUGCGCAAACUUGCUAUACAAGCAGUGGAAUGUAUUUGACUCAAUCCAUUCAAAAGGAAAACAAUCUCCUUUGAAGAAGCAAGCAAAUAACCUGAUCACAAACUUUGCAGCCCUCGCACAAGAGUACAGCCAAUUCAAUGUCGAUGUUGGAUCCUUCGCCCGUGUUGACCUAGAGGAUUACCCAAAGCAAGAUAACCUGAAGACGUGGCGCGAUACCGCAUGGAUGUGGUGCACAACCUUUGCACUCACCCAAUGAACAAUGCCCCAAUGGAGCGGGCAUUCAAUGAAGAGUUGGCGGCUUAAUUUGCGGGAGGGUUCAAGACGAUCAAGCUCGUUUUCUUUCGUUAGGUCUAGAAUCAUGUCUGAGG